AUGUCGGGGCAGACGCUCACGGAUCGUAUUGCCGCUGCGCAGUACCAGUUGACGGGAUCAGAGGUAUCUCGCGCCGUCUGCAAAGCCACCACUCACGAGGUGAUGGCGCCCAAGAAAAAGCACCUGGAAUAUCUGAUAUCGGCCACCAAUGCGACCAACGUGAACAUCCCUCAGAUGGCCGACACUCUGUUUGAGAGGGCCACCAACGCCAGCUGGAUUGUUGUCUUCAAGGCCCUAGUCACCACACACCACAUGUGUGUCCAUGGAAACGAGAGGUUCAUCCAGUACCUGGCCUCCAGGACCGCUCUGUUCAAUCUCAGCAACUUUAUCGACAAAACAGGCUCCCACGGCUAUGACAUGUCUACGUUCAUCAGACGUUACGGCCGCUACCUCAAUGAGAGGGCCUUUGCCUACCGCCAGAUGGCUUUCGACUUCACCAAAGUCAAGAAAGGUGCUGAAGGGGUGAUGAGGACAAUGGCUCCAGACAAGCUGUUAAAAGGCAUGCCCGUCCUGCAGACCCAGAUCGACACACUGCUGGAGUUUGAUGUCCACCCCAAGGAGCUGAAUAACCCUAUCAUCAACGCAGCGUUCCUGCUGCUCUUCAAGGAUCUGGUCAAGCUGUUUGCCUCCUACAACGAUGGGGUCAUUAAUCUAUUAGAGAAAUACUUUAAGAUGAAGAAGAGCGACUGCAAGGAGGCCUUGGAGAUCUACAAGAGGUUCCUGACCAGGGUCACCAAGAUCGGAGAGUUCAUGAAGCUCGCUGAGACAGUCGGUGUCGAAAAAAAUGACAUUCCAGACAUCAACUAUGCUCCCAGUAGCAUCCUGGAGUCUCUGGAGACACACAUGAACAGCUUGGAGGGGAAGAAGGGGUCUCCAACAAAGGGGUCCCCCACCAAUAACGUGUCCCCGACCUCCACCCCCGCCAAAUCUGCAGCCGCCGUGCCCACCCUAGUGCCGCCACCCGAAGAAGCCACUGAUUCUCUGUUUGAUCUGGACCCUCUGUCCUCCUCUGGUCCGUCAGCAGGAGCCUCAGCAGCCCCUAUGUCCUGGGGAGAAAUGGGCGAGUCCAUGCUUCCUGACCCCACCCUCGCUGUAGACACCGCUCCCUCUCCCGCGGGGGUAACGCCCACCCCUGUAGCCGCAGAGCCAGGAGUCACUCUGGCUCCUCCCCCUAGUGCGGCCGCCACCACCUCCCCCGGUGCGACGAAUAUGGAUCUGCUGGGAGAUGCGUUUUCCACCCCUGCUCCCGCCUCUGAUGCCGCUGCCGAGGGCGGGGCCCCGGCCUCCACGCCAACCCCAGCUGCCGACGCCGCAGCCGACCCCUUUGCCCCCACUGGUAGCAGCUCAAAUGCAGUAGGCCCAGGGCUGGACCUGUUUGCCAUGAUGCCAAUGGAGAACAACUGCUUUAACUCAGUGGCGCCCCCUCCUGCCCCCUCAUCCACCAUCGCAGCACCCAUCCCCCCCGCCACCCCAUCGAUAGACCUCUUCAGUGCUAUGUUUGAUUCAAUGCCAGAUCCAAGCUUCACCAAAGCAGACCCUGCCCCCAGUGUUGACAUGUUUGGAGCAGCAGAUGCAUUCUCCUCCCCUGCCCCCUUCCUCUCCUCAGACCCCCCAACGGACAAGGGGGCGAUCAUGGACAUGUUUGGGGCGUUUGAUGGUCUAGGGGAUGUGUUGAUGCCUGCUAUGACGCCCCAGACUGGGGCCGCCUCAUCUCCAGUUAAACAUAUGGGAGGGGACCUAGACGCCACCAUGGCUAGCAUGGCUAGCAGUAAGUCUCUGAACAGAGUCUCUGAGCAGACACAGGACAGGGAUUCUCAAUUUGGCCUGAAUAAUUUCAGCAUCAUGAACGUUCCAAUGGGAUCCCCUUCUUUUAUGGGGUCUUACCAAGGAUUCAGCAUGGGCGGGGCGGCCGGUGCUGGAGCUCCCAUGAUGCCCAUGGUUAGGCCGGGCUUUGGAGCCCCUGCAGCCCCAGGAGCACCGAUGGGAUCUCCAGGGAUGGCCGGGAGCCCGAGGAGGCCUCCGCCCCCCAAGAAUGCCCUGGAUGACCUCAACAUCAAGGACUUCAUGUAA